AAAUAAUUCAUUAUAAAACUCACGUAACAUGGAUAAAAUUGUUGGUAUUUACUUACCGCUGCCUAUUUUUUAAUCAAUUACAAUAAUAAUUAGAUACUAUUAUCAGUGAUGACCGAACACUAUUGAGUUAAUUCGUUUACUUUAUCUCAGUACUAAUCGUACCUGGAAUUACGCAACUGUGUUUAUGUUCUAAAUAUAAAUUUGCCGGUAUCCUUCUAGAGAGGACAAGGUGCAGUGUCCUCGGUUGUAGUGGAUAGUGGAUACAUAGUGUUUUAAAUUCACAAAAUGCCUUACUUGCGAGUAAUUGGUUCUAUAUUGCUGCCAAAUAUGGGGGGUUGGGUGAGCACUAUUACUAUGAUUGGACAAGUUAAGAGACCAGAUGGUAAGGCUUGGUACCAGGUGAUCAAGAAACCAACUUGGACUCCUCCUGCAUGGGUGUUUGGACCGGCGUGGACUGUUUUAUAUAGCACCAUGGGAUACGCGUCGUACGUGAUCUACAAGGAUUGUGGGGGUUUUACAAAAAAAUCAAUGGUUCCGUUAGCGUUGUAUGGAGGUCAGCUCGUUCUAAACUGGACGUGGACGCCAGUAUUCUUCGGAUUACAUAAAAUUGGACUGGGGUUGCUCCACAUGGCCGCAUUAGACGUCUCAGUGGUCGCUUGCGCAGCCAGUUUCUACCAGAUCAACCCUAGGGCGUCAUUGUUAAUGGUGCCUUAUAUGGCGUGGCUCUCGUUUGCCACAUGUCUCAACUAUUCCAUAUGGAAACUGAACAGGGAUGAUGAAAAAGUUAAUUAAACAAUAUUUAUCACAAGAUAUAACGUAAAUACAUUUUCUUGCAUUUAUGUGUUAUAAUAUCGCUUAUUUUUAAUUACAAAUCUAUUUUUGAUCGAAAAA